AUGGGCCCCUAUACCGCCUCCUCAUGCUGCUGCCAAGCUCGUAAUCUGUCAUGCGCCCCUGUACCGCCUCCUCAUGCUGCUGCCAGGUCCAGAGUGUGUCAUGGGCCCCCGUACCGACUCCAAAUGCUGCUGCCAGGCCCGUAAUCUGUCAUGGGCCCCUGUACCGCCUCCCCCCAUGCUGCUGCCAGGUCCAGAUUGUGUCAUGGGUCCCUGUACGGCCUCCCAUUGCUGCUGCCAGGCCUGUAAUCUGCCAUGGGCCCCCGUACCGACUCCUCAUGCUGCUGCCAGGCCCGUAAUCUGCCAUGGGCCCCUGUACCGCCUCCUCAUGCUGCUGCCAGGUCCAGAGUGUGUCAUGGGUCCCUGUACGGCCUCCCAUUGCUGCUGUCUCUAUCGCCACACUCUGCCAUGUGCCACUUUCAGGUCUCCUCACACUGCUGGUGGUUUCCAUUUUUGUCAUAGGGUGCUG